GGAAACAAGGAGAAGAGCAAUGGAGAGAGAACAUAAUAGGAUGAUGGGUUUAAACUCUUGAGCAGGGGCAGGACUGAAGGUACAGUAGCCGACAGGGUGGCUCGGAGGAGCACAAUUUCCAGCCCUGUUCUCCACAUGAAGACAAGAAAAUUAAAGGGUGAUGAUGACAUAGACCAAUACCUCUCCUAAAUUGACUCUUUUUUUUUUUUCUUUUCCCAAGGGGAUCCCCUCACAGGAUUUUUGACUUUACCUUCGAAGCAAGUUCACAUUUAUAAAAAUACAUUAAUUAAUCACUGAUUUGCAGAAAUAUGUUCUUCAAAUUUUCAGGUACUAACCAAUCCUCCAUUACUGUUUGCUGACGAACCAACAUCUGGUCUUGAUGCAUUCAUGGCUCAGAGUUUGAUAGCUUCACUUCAGCGUCUUGCAGCCAGUGGUCGAACCAUCAUGUGCACUAUACAUCAACCCUCGUCUGAAGUUUAUGCCAUGUUUGACAGUAUUUUACUGUUAGCUGAAGGAAGGACAGCAUACAUGGGUUCAACAGCUGAAGCCUUAUUAUACUUUAGGAGCCUUGGGUAUCCUUGCCCUAUGAACUUUAACCCUGCAGAUUAUUUUGUUCAUACGCUGGCCAUUGUACCUGGAGAUGAGGAAAACUGCAAGGACAGAGUAAAGGAAAUCUGUGAUGUGUACGGUGAACGAGUAGCAGAGGAAGCCAAAGAAGAAAACGGAUACAACAGACAGGACUCCUUCAAAGCAGAUGUUUACUUUAAGAGACAUUCACCGUACAAGGCAUCAUGGUGUCGGCAGCUUGGUGCAGUGCUGUGGCGAUCGUGGAUCACUAACAAUAGAGACGUCAUCAUCUUCAGGAUAAGGAUUUUUCAGGCCAUUGUGAGUUUUGAAGCAAGCUAGCUAAACAGUCUCUAUCAUCGUAUUGGAUCACGUUUGAAUAAAAAAGAAAACGCUUACAUAUUAUUUGAGAAACAAACUACU